AAUAAAUAAGGUAUUUUUUUUUAAAAAAUUUCUCUGGAUAUUCAUAAUCCAGCAACUUUCUUUGUACCCAUUUGGAGAUCACCCUUUUUAUUUCACAUAUAUAGAGAACAAAUCCCAAAUCUUUCUUGUUUUUUAUGCUUUAUCAAACCCUAAAAUCCACCCUCUUCAACUCUAAAGAUCGAGUCUUUCACUGAAAAAGAUCCAAGAUUUGCUGCUUUUUGAAUCUUAGAGAAAAUUGAAAUUCCCCAAUUAGAGGAAGUCAAGAAUCUUUGUUAGAAUGAUGUCUAGAUCGUAUACCAAUCUUUUGGAUUUGGCAUCUGGGAAUUUUCCAGUAAUGGGAAGAGAGAGGGAUAGGCGACGGAUGUCGCGGGUAAUGACAGUUCCUGGGAGUAUAUGUGAACUGGAUGAUGACCAGGCUGUUAGUGUUUCUUCUGAUAAUCAAUCUUCACUUGCUGGUGAUCGGAUGAUUGUUGUGGCGAAUCAGUUGCCAUUGAAAGCGAAAAGGAGACCGGAUAAUAAGGGCUGGAGUUUUAGUUGGAAUGAGGAUUCUUUGCUUUUGAGACUUAAGGAUGGUUUACCUGAAGAUAUGGAAGUAUUGUUUGUUGGGUCUUUAUCUGUUGAUGUUGAUCCAAUUGAACAGGAUGAUGUUUCUAGCUAUCUUUUGGAUAAAUUCAGAUGUGUGCCGACGUUUCUUCCACCUAAUAUUGUGGAAAAAUACUAUGAGGGAUUCUGCAAGAGGCAUUUGUGGCCACUUUUUCACUACAUGUUACCAUUUUCACCUGACCAUGGAGGCCGCUUUGAUCGUUCUAUGUGGGAAGCAUAUGUUUCUGCCAACAAGAUGUUUUCACAGAAAGUGGUUGAGGUGCUUAAUCCUGAGGAUGAUUUUGUUUGGAUUCAUGAUUAUCAUUUGAUGGUGUUGCCCACGUUCUUGAGAAGGCGGUUCAAUCGAUUGAGGAUUGGGUUUUUCCUUCACAGUCCAUUUCCUUCAUCUGAGAUUUACAGGACACUUCCUGUUAGAGAGGAAAUACUUAAGGCUCUUCUAUGUUCUGACCUUGUUGGAUUCCACACUUUCGACUAUGCUCGACAUUUCCUUUCGUGUUGCAGUCGAAUGUUGGGUUUAGAGUACCAGUCUAAAAGAGGUUAUAUAGGAUUGGAAUAUUAUGGAAGGACAGUAGGUAUCAAGAUUAUGCCAGUAGGGAUACAUAUGGGUCACAUUGAGUCUAUGAAGAAAAUUUCAGAUAAAGAGCUGAAGUUUAAGGAGCUCAAACAACAAUUUGAAGGAAAAACUGUUCUGCUUGGAGUUGAUGACUUGGAUAUUUUCAAAGGUAUCAACUUAAAGCUUCUAGCGAUGGAGCACAUGCUCAAACAGCACCCCAGUUGGCAAGGGCAGGCUGUGCUUGUUCAGAUUGCCAAUCCUAUGAGGGGUAAAGGAAUAGAUUUAGAGGAAAUACAGGCUGAGAUACAGGAAAGCUGCAAGAGGAUUAAUAAGCAAUUUGGCAAGCCUGGAUAUGAGCCUAUAGUUUAUAUUGAUAGGUCCGUGUCCAGUAGCGAGCGCAUGGCUUAUUAUAGUGUUGCUGAAUGUGUUGUUGUCACAGCUGUUAGGGAUGGGAUGAACCUGACUCCAUAUGAAUACAUCGUUUGUCGACAGGGUGUAUCGGGUGCAGAAACAGAUUCAGGUGUAGGUGGACCUGACAAGAGCAUGCUAGUUGUGUCAGAAUUCAUUGGGUGUUCUCCUUCCUUAAGUGGGGCGAUCCGUAUUAAUCCAUGGAAUGUUGAGGCAACUGCUGAGGCAAUGAAUGAGGCUGUAUCAAUGGCUGAACAAGAGAAACAGCUACGACAUGAGAAGCAUUACCGUUAUGUCAGCACCCACGAUGUUGCUUAUUGGUCGAGAAGUUUCUUGCAAGAUAUGGAGAGAACUUGUGCUGAUCACUUUAGGAAAAGAUGCUAUGGCAUUGGUUUAGGCUUUGGGUUUAGAGUUGUUUCCCUAGAUCCCAACUUCAGGAAGCUGUCAAUUGAUGAUAUUGUGAAUGCUUAUAUCAAGUCUAAGAGCAGGGCCAUAUUCCUGGACUAUGACGGAACUGUGAUGCCGCAGAAUUCUAUCAUUAAGUCUCCUAGUGCUAAUGUUAUCUCCAUCCUGAAUAAACUUUCUGGUGAUCCAAACAACACAGUCUUCAUUGUUAGUGGAAGAGGGAGGGAAAGCCUAACCAAGUGGUUUUCUCCUUGUAGAAAACUAGGACUUGCAGCAGAACAUGGCUACUUUUUGAGAUGGGAACGAGAACAGAAAUGGGAAGUAUGCAGUCAGACCUCUGAUUUUGGGUGGAUGCAACUUGCUGAACCUGUGAUGCAAUCCUAUACAGACGCUACAGAUGGUUCUUGCAUAGAAAGAAAGGAAAGUGCUAUAGUGUGGCAGUAUAGUGAUGCGGAUUCUGGAUUUGGGUUUUCUCAGGCAAAGGAGAUGCUUGAUCAUCUGGAGAGUGUUUUAGCGAAUGAGCCGGUUGCCGUGAAAAGCGGUCAGCACAUUGUGGAAGUGAAGCCUCAGGGGGUCACCAAAGGUUUAGUUGCAGAAAAAGUCUUUACAUCUUUAGCAGUGAAAGGAAAACUGGCGGAUUUUGUGCUUUGCAUUGGUGAUGAUAGAUCAGAUGAAGAUAUGUUUGAAAUCAUUGGCGAUGCUUUGUCCAGAAAUAUUAUUUCAUAUGAUGCCAAGGUAUUUGCUUGCACAGUUGGACAAAAACCUAGCAAAGCAAAGUAUUACUUGGAUGACACAUCCGAGGUGGUGCUUAUGCUAGACUCCCUUGCUGAUGCCACUGAUACUCCAGUGACUUCCGAUGAUGAACCUGCGGACUCCGACUGAAUGUAGCUACCAGAUGUUUUGUUUGCUUUGGUUACCUUCUCUACUGAAUGUACAUUCCAGGUCUGAAGAUGGCACAUUGUCCAUUUGAUUUCGGUUUCGAGGUUUAAGAAAGUGGAGUCUCAAAUUCUGUUCAAUCAUUCUUUCCUUUCUGAUUGUUCUAUUCUUUUAUCAUUAGCCUGGAUGUAAUAUAUCUCUGAGAAGGGGAGAAACAUAGAAUUGAAUGCGCAUUCCUAAGACUGCUUGAAAAGAAACCAUCAAGUGCUGGAGGGCGACUAUCAUUUAUGCAGAAUCAGAGAACCACAAGAGGGGUGGGACGAGCCAAAGAUGUUAGACAUGGUUUCUGUAAGACCAAAUGAGGUAGAGAAUUUAUUAGUACAGACGAAAGAUUUGAUCAUUCCUGAAUUAUGCUGGAACUAAAUGAAGUUCAGGUUGUUUACACCAAUUGUGGUGGCAAAGCUUUAACUGAAGACUGCUUUGUGGCUGCUUGAUACUUGAAUUGGUAGUAUAUUGAAGUUCUCUUUUUUAAAGUUGGUCGCAUGUGGACCUAGUUUAGAUUAGCAUUGUGUCAGUGGGCAUGGCUGUGACUAGCAAUAAGCAUCAACUAUGUUGGAUUGAGUCAGUGGUUUUGGUAGUCUUCUUGCUGUACAGUAUAUGGUUAAUGAUGUGAAUUGAGAAGAUUUCUCUGCUCUUUUAUGGUCCUAUCAAAUGCAUUGUGUGGAUA